AUUAUUAAAUGUGGGUCUAUUUCUGAAUAUUGUUGAUGCAGGAAAUUCCGGAAAAUUGCAAUCAAAAUUUAUGAUGUUAAGAGUGUAAUCAAAUUUGAAUACAAACAUGUAAUUUGGAUGAAAAAACUCUCCGAGAUCUUGCUAUAGCUUACAUGUUAUGCUUGACGUACAGAAACAAUUGUUAUGUAUACAUGUAAUUUAAUCAUAUGUGUCAUUUUGACCGCGAAUCCGGUAUACAAUAUACAUAAUUCUACAGUAGGAUGUUACAUAAACGACACGUUUAUCCCAUGUGAAACAAAUUUGAAAUUAAUGAAAUCAGGGAAAUGUGAAGAUUGCGAGGCUGGUAGAUAUGGUUGUAACUGCUCUCUAGUAUGUUCCAGCAAUGCAUUUGGUGUAGGCUGUUACUCCACAUGUAACUGUUUUGCUGAUGAGAUUUGUGAUCCCGCAACAGGAUGUACUAGCAACACCAGUGUUUCUUCAUAUACAACAGAUAUGUUUUCAGAUUCCUCCAACCUUCCAAGAAGUUCUCCUGUAAGGUCAUUUAAUUUUCCAAAAAACAAUCGUCUGAACAAAUUUCCGUUGUCGCUGCUGGUGUCCUCGGCAACUGUAGUUUUCUUCAGCAUACUCUGUGCUGCUAUCCUGAUACGAUUAAAAAAAAGAGUAUACCAACGUGAAUACAAAAAACUGGUAAAUAACUUGCACAUGGCUGAAACAAGAAGAACUGAAGAUGAUCCUGAAUAUGCUUCCUACAACUAUACAGAUUCGAGUAUAUUCAGCAAUAGCCUACGCCAUAGCAAUGAAGAAAACACGUACGACCAUUCGGAACGAGGAAGCUACAACAUCUUAUCUCUAAGAACCAGAUCAUCAAUGGUAAAUGAAAAUGACGAGGGGUGUGAUGUGGCUUCAUGCAGUUUUCCACAUUCAUCUUACAGUAUGUCAAAAUCUAAAGUCGAGGAGUUGAAUGUCGGGAUAGAACCAGAAUGUUUGAUCAACCUAUUUCACGAGGACGAAGGUCAAAAAGUAAUAUAUACCAAAUGGGAAAAGGAAACUAAUCCUAAAUCACCGACUACAAGUAUCAACAGACCAAAGUCAAGCAUAUGGUGAUAGCGACAUACUGCGUCAUGUCCUGAAAAAGAGGAAUUUCGUGUCUAGUUGUGCCGCGAACAAAGAGAAAGUGGUUAUUUAAAAACCCAAAAUCAUGAAUACAUGCAUGUCUGUAUGCUGCAUUAAGUUCACAGGAGGAUGUUGCUUUUGAUUGGAAUACAUGAUUAGAAGUCCAUACAAUAAAAACAUAAUGAUUGAGUUUGCUUCUCAAAACCAAAUCUCAGAAAACUUGUUACACGUAACUUUAGUACAGUUUUUGAUAAUUCCAAUAUUUGAAGAAUGUAGGUACAUACAUGUAUCUAUGAAGGAAAAUUAAAAUGAUAUUCCGUCUCAUCUCCACUUGUGUACAUGUACUACAGUGUAUAUUAUUCUAAGACAAAAUAUUUGUUUGUUGUCAUUUUUGGCGUAUCUUGAAAAACACUUUUUGUCUUAUCAGCCAUAAUAAAAGUCACGGUGGUGGCAAAGUACAGCAUA